AUGGCGAAGCCAAAGGUAGACUUAGAGAAGCGAAGGCAGCAAAAAAGAGAUUGUGAACGCAGACGUAGAGAGAAAGUAAGAAGCAAUCCAGAGCAAUAUGAAAAAGCAAAGCAACAGGAAAGAGAAAGGUAUUAUGAGCGAAAAAAACAAGGCAAAAUUAAGCUUAUUGGGGAAGUGUCCAGAAGGGAGAAAAAAAGAUUAAGAAAAAAGUGGAAAGAAUACAAACGGAGUUAUAAUACAAACAAAAAACAUGUAACCAGAGCUACGCAGAUGCUAAAAAGAAACACUCCUCCGCACACCUACCAGAGAUCUAAACGAAAUUGA